UUCUCCGGGUCAUUGACUCGAACUAAUAAAAACUAUUCUCGUACCAAGAGGCGCAAACUGUGAAUCAUGAGUGAAGAAGAAGAAGAACCACUCUGAUCACCGUACGAACACAUGGAUCCGUCAAACCCAAACCCGAACCCGAAUCCGAGCCAAAACUCAAGCUCUCAGCCCCAACUUGAAAUGGCCUCGGCCUUCCGGGGGGCUAAUCACCGGCGGGCCCACUCCGAGGUCCACAUCCGGAUCCCCGACGACCUGGAUCUGGUCUCGGAUCCAUUUCUCGAGGACGACCUCUUCUGCAGCUACAUGGACAUCGAGAAGUUCGGUUCCGGACUCGAAGGAACCGGACCAUCUGCCCCGAAACCCGACGAGAGGCCGAGGCACCGGCAUAGCAAUUCGGUGGAUGAGCCUUGGAUGUUGGAGAGCAUAGAGGCCAAGAAGGCCAUUGCUCCUGAGAAGCUCGCUGAAUUGUGGACCGCCGAUCCCAAGCGAGCUAAGAGGAUUUUGGCAAAUCGACAGUCUGCUGCUCGCUCAAAAGAGAGGAAAGCUCGCUACAUAUCAGAACUUGAGAGAAAAGUUCAAACCCUUCAAACAGAAGCAACAACUCUUUCUGCACAACUUACUCUUUUUCAGAGAGAUACAACGGGCCUGAGUACUGAAAAUACAGAGCUUAAGCUUCGGUUACAAGCUAUGGAACAACAAGCUCAGUUACGUGAUGCUCUAAAUGAUGCACUGAAGAAGGAAGUUGAGAGGCUCAAGGUUGCAACUGGAGAAAUAAUGACACACACUGAUACUUACAAUCUGGGAAUGCACCCCAUUUUGUACCCUACAUCUUCGUUCUUUUCACAGCAGCGUGACCCGCAAAACAUGGAAAUGCAACAAUUUCAUCCAUUCCAGUCUAACAUGUCAACACCUCAUCAGCCUCUGCAUUCUGCAGCCCACUCACAUGCCUUCACAGAUAUGUUGCAGCAGGAUCCUAUUGGCCGGUUGCAGGGGCUUGAUAUCAGUGGCCGAGGCCCCCAUAUGAUGAAGCCUGAAAGCACCUCGAUUUCUGUAAGUGAAAGCAGCAACAGAUUUUGAUGCAAAGUUUUCCAACCUUCACCUGCCCCUAUUUGUUGGAUUGUUCAUAGACUGACUUAUUGACAGCCGAAGGUAUUAUUUAUUUUUGAAAUUAAUUCUUUUAGAGCGAUUGGGCUUUCUUUUUCUUUUUCUUUUUUUGGUAGCUUUUCAGGUCUUAUACAUUCAUGUGUUCUUCCUUGUUGCAUUCCAACUUUAUUAUUUUUUUGGGUCUUUUUCUUGUGGGAAUAGAGGGCUUUCCAAUGAUUAGAAAGAUGCAGCAUUCAUUUCA